AUGUGGGAACCAGAACUGUGGCUUCCCAGAAAUGUUACCUGGGCUGAAGUUCCAAGUAAAUCUGAGGACCUAAUGUAUCCGUUGAUUAUUUCACUGCCACUGCUGCUAACACGAAUAUUCUACGAGUCAUUUGUUGGUGUUCCGCUGGGUUGGUUAAUCGGUUAUCGCGAUGAACCGCUGGGGAAACAGAUUAAGCAACAUUUGUUAUUCGGUUUUGCGACUAAUACAAGGUCUAAAAGGGUUCUGGAAUGUCUGUUCCGAUUUUCAUUUUAUACCGUACUGUGGCUUUACGGUACCUAUGCAUUAUGGGAUGCUCCAUGGGUUUAUGAUGUAAAACAGUGCUGGAUUAAGUAUCCAAUGCAUCCAAUUCCAGAUACGAUAUGGAAAGGUUGUGAAAUGGAAGAGGAGGAGAAUGAUAGGAGAUAA